GAGUCAGUAUUGGACGGGCACUCUGCGGUGUCACGUGCGCCGUCUUUUCGAUUUGCCCGUUCGACGGUUGAUCCGUUCGACGCGCGAAAAUUGUCGACGAAACGAAAAACGAAAAAGCCACACGGUGAAACGAGCGGUGCGUCAUCGCCAAUAUUGGAUUACCCUUUCUCGCGAGGUCUCGUGAGGCAGGGAACUUCAAAAAGAGCGCAAUGUCAGCUGCAGUGAGGGAGAGAACGACAACGCACACCAGCAGAAAGAUCGUGAGUCAUGGCGGUCCUAUAUCUGGACAGAUCCAACCAGCGACCACGGCCAACAGCCUCGAAAACAACUUAGAUGCUCUUCUCGAAGACUUACAAACAAGUGUCUCAAGAAGCACCACCCCAAGUCGAGGCGUCAGAACCCUUUCGCCACAAGUUGAAUACCGUGUAGCUGCAAAUCCCACCAAAGUGGUCUCCGAAGGCAGACCAAUUUCGCCAAAUCGAACAAUGACGACCACCACAGAGAAAUAUGUGAGCAGUGGACCCAGUGGAACACCUAGUGGUAUACCUGGCUUGGAAUUCAUCGACUCAGAAUUGCAAAACUCGUGUUUAGGAAACAUUCCUCUGUUUCAGGUACAACCUGGUCAAAGUAAAACGAUUGCUUAUAAACAAGUGUCGUAUCAAUAUAACAAGAAUCUUGAGGGAAAACCGAUCGAUUCCUGGACAACUCCAGACAAUGCAUUGACCAAUACUGGUACAGCAUUAAUCGAUGAUAUUCGAGAAAGAACCUACGAAGAAAGCACCAUUCACAGUGGUUUAGAACCAGUUACUAGAACAGUCAACAGAGAAUUGAUGUAUGGCGAUACUACUACGUCUCGUUCGAAACAAACCUCACCCUUACCAGGUACACAACAAAGAGACGUGAAGUACAUUCAUGAAUCUUCGAGUUACCAAACAGAACCAGUACAAAACACACUAACCACAGUACACAGCAGCGCCCAAGAAUAUGGCAACGUGGAGUAUGUGCCAGUUCCAUCGCCAACGCCAGCGAUACCGAUUAACUUGGCACCGGGUCCCAACACGAAAGUAACAACCACCAUCAAAACCUACACAUACGAGCUACCAGGAGCGCCAGAAACGUAUCUGCCAGGUAGCAAUGUACCAGGAACUGUUGUGCUACCGGGUGAUCAGACUAUCACGUACACAAUACCGAAAGGUUCAACCUCCGCCACGGAUAAGAUGGUCACGUAUCAAACCGUGACUGAAAAUGUUCCACCUAGAACACCAACUAGAUACAGCAGUCCAUCGCCAGUGACGGACAUCACCAAGAAAUCCACAACCAUACACCAGGAAGCUAAAUUCUUCCGCGAAGAACACCACGGUAGUCCACCGGUGCAACCAGUAACUACUUAUCACCCUGGCUCUCCUCCGUUGGAAACCAAAACAACAGUAACGCGAAACGAAAAAUACUAUCAAGUAGAUGGCACCUACCCCAAUGGACAUCCACCAGGUGAUCGACCAGAUCAUCCGAGUGGCCCGAUAAUUUACCAGAAUCAACCGCCUAUCAUAAACGAGACUCACACCACCAUAAAUCGGUUCGAAGAACACUAUCCUAGCAGGCCACCGUCUAGUGGACGAUACCCGACACCCGAUAAACCGGGAACACCGGUUAAUUAUUAUACUACAUCGCCGCAGACCACCUCACCGCAAUCCACCACGACCGUGUAUAAAUUUUCGAACACGACCACAACUGUACCGCCGAACAAGAAUGCUGAGGACCACGAAGUUUUGUUACCGAAACCCUUCCCAACCGGUGGCGUUCAGGUCUAUCCUUCCAAACCUGCCACCAAGGAACAGAGUCCUCCUAAAAAACUGGAAGAUCUUAUGGCGUCAUUUUCUGAUACCGAGCGUGAAGUAUUAGAGGACAUUGAGAAAAGAGAGAAAGGACAGAAAAAGGAUUUACCCGCUGUUAAAAAGGAAGUUGACUUUAUACCUCACACACCACCCAAAGUGAAAAGUAAAAAUGUCGCUGGACCUCCGGUUUAUUAUCCUCCUGGUUCGGCGGAAUUCACUAAAAAGGAAGAAUACAGUAGCGGCAUGUCUCAAUCUGGAGGACGAUGGGAAAAAGCUAAAGGAAAAUAUGAAUAUGAAGCAUCUAGUAAAAGCAGGACAAAGACCAGUAGCGGUGGCGGUGUUGUUCCUGUUUGUCUACCCCUUUGUUGUGCCAUGCCAUGCGUAAUUAUGUAACUUAACUUAAUCAAUGUUAACCUGUUAAUCGAUUAGAUAACCGACUAGUUAUACCGUACACGAAUCUCUAUCUAAAUUCAUCAUAUAUCUUCCAUUAUGCCGAGAUAAAAUGUGACAAAAGUCAA